AUGGAUCUACUGGUCUCUUUGCGUUUCAGAAUGGAUAAAUCCUGGAUGAGUACUGAUAGAACGAAGAAACGUUAUAGAGAAGGAGUUGCGGCGUUUCUGCGGUAUGCUGUCAACCAUCUCAAGGAGGAGGGUGAGACAUAUGAUGAAUUUCUUAUGUUGUGUCCGUGUACAAAUUGUUUAAAUCUCUGUGCAUGCUCCGUUGGAGAUGUAGAAGAUCAUUUAUUCGUAAAUGGAAUCGAUCAAACGUAUACUAUUUGGAAUAAGCAUGGGGAAAAGGAUGAGGCAAUAACUAGUAGUAAGCCAGUUAACGUCAACAAUGGUAUGCACGCUGAAUUUGAAAUGGGAACUCCCACUGAUGCUCCAGACGAAGAUUUUGGAAUGGGAACUCCCACUGAUGCUCCAGACACUAUAGAUAUGAUGCAGGCUGCAGAAGAGUUCGCAGAUGACCCUAUAAAGUUUAAAAAGUUACUUGAAAAUGCUGAAAAGCCCUUAUACGAAGGAUGUCCCAACUUCACAAAGUUGUCUGCAAUUGUGCAGUUGUUUAAGUUGAAGAGUAAGCACGGUGCAUCAGACAUGUUUUUUAAUGAAUUGUUACCCUUGUUAAAGGACAUGCUUCCCAAAGAAGGUAAUUUAAUGGCGAGGAGUACAUAUCAGGCAAAAAAAAUAUUGAAAUCAAUGGGUUCAGGGUACACAAAGAUACAUGCAUGUAUCAACAACUGCAUUCUUUAUUGGAAUGAGUACAAGGAUGAAAAAGUGUGUCCUACUUGUAAAGCACCCAGAUGGAAAGUUGACAGGGAUGGUAAAGUUUACGAGAAUGUUCCAGCAAAGGUAUUGUGGUACUUCGACAUCAUCCCAAGAUUUCAGCGGCUGUUUCAAUCGAAGCACACAGCAAAAGAUUUGAUAUGGCACGAUACCACUAGAAACAAAGACGGUGUUUUACGUCAUCCGGCAGACUCACAUGCUUGGAGAGAGAUAGAUAACAAUUUCCCAGAAAUUAAAGAUGAUCCAAGAAAUCUGCGGUUAGCUGUUUCGGCUGAUGGAGUUGAUGUAAACACAGGCACCAAACAUCACAGUGGAAAGAGAACAUGGGAUGCAUAUGCCCAAGAAAUGUUUACUCUACGUGCAGUUGUUUUGUGGACGAUAAACGAUUAUCCUGCUCUUGGUACACUAUGUGGUUGUCGCUACGCUGGAUAUCAUGGUUGUGUGGUGUGUCGUAAAAAAACGCACAGUAUUAGGCUUCAUGACUCAAACAAGAAUGUUUAUGUUGGUUAUAGAAGGUUUUUACCCUAUGAGCAUCAGUUCAGAAGGAAGAAGGGGGCAUUUGGCGGAAAACAAGAGUGGGAGACUGCUCCAGAACCAAUGACCGGGGAAGAAAUAUAUGAGGAGAAUGUGGGACAAAGUCUUGUUGGAACGUUGCUGCACAACGGGAAUACAAAAGAUGGAUUAAACGCCAGAAAGGAUUUGGUGCGUUUGGGGUUAAAAUCGGAGUUACACCCUAAGACAGAUGACAAAGGAACGAUACUUCCCGCAGCAUGUUAUACAUUAACUACGGAAGAAAAAGACAUAUUCUUGGAGACACUAUUCGAGUUAAGAGUUCCAGAAGGAUCAAUAUCUGCCAAAGAAAUCAUGGUGGAAGAGCUAGAUAAAUUGCAAGAGGAUCUCUGUGUGACGUUAUGCUUACUAGAGAAGGAAGUGAAGUUAUGCGGUCCGGUUUGCUUUCGAUGGAUGUAUCCUUUCGAAAGGUGUAUGAAGGUUAUAAAGGGGCAUGUGCGAAACAAGAAUCAACCUUGUGGAUGCAUUGCCGAAGAGAAUGUUGCAGAAGAGACGAUUGAGAUAUAUUGUGAGUACCAUAAAAGCAUCAGGACAAUUGGUAUUCCACUAGAUAGGUAUAAUACAUCUCAGGAGGGAGAACCGUUAUCAGCUGAAGAGCCGUGUAUAGUUACCCCUGAACAGUUGAGACAAGCACAUUUCUAUGUAAUGCAGAACACGCCUGAAAUUGAGCCUUACAUAGACCGACACAAGCUAUAUUUGGAAACUAACUAUUCUACUAAAAAGCGAGCAUGGCUAGAGAAAGAGCACUCUAACACUUUUGGCGCUUGGUUAAAAAAUGAGGUUGAAAAAGAGUUGGCAGACGAAAGAGAAAGUAUCUCAGAGAACUUAAGAUGGAUAUCACACGGCCCGCACUACGAGGUAACGAAAUACACUGUAUAUCGCAUCAAUGGAUAUCUAUUCCGCACAAGAUCCCGUGAUGGUAGAAUUCACCAGAAUAGUGGGGUUAGCGUUGCAGCAAAUGACAUGCACAUAUCUAGAGAUGAUGAUGUUACAUAUGGUAAAGCCUCUUAUUAUGGUGUCUUGCAAGAGAUAUGGGAGUUAGAUUACUGUGAAAGAAAAGUUCAUCUGUUCAAGUGCAAUUGGGUUGAUAAUAAACGUGGGGUCAAAAGAGAUGCUCUUGGCUACAAGAUUGUUGACCUUACUAUGUUGGGAUACAAAAAUGAUCCUUUUAUUUUAGCCUCACAAGCUAAGCAGGUAUUUUAUGUCAAAGACCAGUUAGAUAAGAAAAAGUCUAUUGUUUUUGUGACACCUCCCAAAAAUUAUAGAGAUGACGAUGGCAACGAUGAAGAAUUCAGUACAGUAAUCUUUUCUGCGAAUGAUAAUAUCUUGCCAUCUGUAGAUCCACAAGACUUGGGUAAAGAAUCCCGAAAUGAUUACUUCCGAACUGACUGCCGAGGUUUACUUAUACGCAAGCCAAAAUGA